AUGGAUGGAGCGCAACUCCACGAUGAGGUCGUUCAAGAUCGAGUGCGAGCUGCUGUUGAGUUCCUUGAUCCGCGUAAGUAUCAAAUCGAUAUAUAUGACUGUCACUACCGGGCCGAUAUUGUGUUGAUGCUAAACCGGAAACAACGUCGAUUGAUAGUUAGCAUUGAUGAAAUUCGAGCACACAACCGUGAAUUGGCAGACGGUCUUCUCACAUCUCCUUUUGACUACACACAAGCCUUCGAUCGAGCUUUGAAAGACGUCAUCAAGACAUUGAACAGACCGGCCAGCGAAACGGCAGAUGAUGUGAACUAUUAUUGCGCCUAUGUUGGAGCCUUUGGAGAAUUUUCAUGCAACCCCAGAACCCUCGGAUCCUCCCAUUUGAAUCGGAUGAUCUCCCUCGAGGGAAUCGUCACGAAAUGUUCCUUGGUUCGACCAAAAGUGAUCCAGAGUGUCCAUUACAACGAGAGAAAAGACAGAUUCUUAUCAAGGAGAUAUCGGGAUCAGACUAUGACAGCCAAUGGGGUAACAAAUUUGAACGUCUACCCACAAGAAGACGAGGAAAAGAACCCGCUUAUCACGGAGUACGGUUACUCUACGUAUAUGGAUCAUCAAACUAUUUCCAUUCAAGAAAUGCCCGAACGGGCCCCAGCGGGCCAGUUGCCCCGAAGUGUGGAUGUUAUUGUGGACGAUGAUUUGGUUGACCGCGCAAAACCAGGAGACAGAAUCCAGCUGGUGGGAAUAUACCGUUCCUUGGGAAAUCGAAAUGCGAACUCUGGAUCUUCUACGUUCCGAACGCUUGUGAUGGCAAACAACAUUAUUCAGUUGUCCUCAAAGUCAGGUGGAGGUAUUGCACAGGCUACUAUUACUGACACCGAUAUUCGAAACAUCAAUAAAGUCUCCAAGAAGAAGGGGGUUUUCGAAUUGCUGUCUCAUUCGCUUGCUCCCAGUAUCUAUGGUCAUGAUUACAUUAAGAAGGCCAUAUUACUCAUGCUUCUUGGCGGUAUGGAGAAGAACCUUGAUAACGGUACACACUUGCGUGGUGAUAUCAAUAUUCUCAUGGUUGGUGAUCCUUCAACUGCCAAAUCUCAGAUGCUACGCUUUGUUUUGAAUACUGCUCCACUCGCUAUUGCAACAACCGGCCGAGGCUCCUCUGGAGUGGGUCUCACGGCUGCUGUUACAUCUGACAAGGAGACCGGUGAGCGCAGGCUUGAGGCUGGUGCUAUGGUCUUGGGUGAUAGAGGUGUGGUCUGUAUUGAUGAAUUCGAUAAGAUGAGUGAUGUGGAUCGAGUUGCUAUACACGAAGUUAUGGAACAGCAAACAGUCACAAUCGCAAAAGCUGGUAUUCACACUAGCUUAAAUGCUCGCUGCAGUGUUUUGGCCGCUGCUAACCCGAUAUAUGGGCAAUACGAUCCUCAUAAAGACCCUCACAAGAAUAUUGCGUUGCCUGAUUCUCUUCUAUCGCGUUUUGAUUUACUCUUUGUCGUUACAGACGAUAUUGAGGACGCCAAGGACAGAAUGGUUUCGGAGCACGUUUUGCGCAUGCACAGAUAUCGCCAGCCUGGCACAGAGGAAGGUGCCCCUGUACGGGAGCAGCUCACCCAAACUCUAGGCGUCGGCAUUGACGACAACGAGGAUGCCAACCAACCUACCGAAGUUUAUGAGAAGUUCAAUUCUAUGCUCCAUGCUGGUAUGGCCAAUAUGAGCCGGGGUAGGGGAAAGAACAUCGAGAUUCUGAGCAUCCCCUUUAUUAAAAAAUAUAUUCAAUACGCCAAGUCGAGAGUGAAGCCUGUUUUGACCAAGGGGGCUGCUGAUCACAUUAUUGCGACAUACUCGGCACUCAGAAACGAUGAUCUAUCAGCAAAUCAGCGACGCACAUCACCAAUUACUGCUCGUACCCUGGAGACAUUGAUUCGCCUGUCUACCGCUCACGCAAAAUCCCGUCUUUCUAGCCGAGUUGAGGAACGUGAUGCUAAAGUGGCAGAAUCCAUCUUGCGGUUUGCUAUGUUCAAAGAAAUCCUUGAGGACGAACGCCGCAAGAGGAGAAAGGUUACCGCAUUCGAUGAAGACUCUGAUACGAGUGGUUCUGACUCAGAUGGCGAUGAUGAUAACACCCCCGCAACUACCUCCGCAACUCCUCGCUCUACCAGACGCGGCGGCAUCCUGCGAACUCGCGCGGCAGCCUCCCACUCUACCGCUGACGAUGUUGAAAUGGAUGCAGAAGCGGACAGUGUCUCUGAUGACGGAGAUGAUCUAUACAGCGCCAGCCCCCGUGGACAGCGGAUGCAAUCUAGCCAGUCUCGGAUGUCGGUUGCUUCUUCUCGACCUGCCUCGCAGCUGGUUCAGUCACAGUCACAGAUAGAUACAUCCCAAUCCCAAGGCGCGUCUAGCGCACCUGCCUCUUCCCAGCCAAUCCACCCUGCUCGUCUAACGAUCUUCCGCCAAGCCCUGGGUCCGUUGAUGGGCACCAGGCUUUUUGCUAAUAGCGAUACUGUCGACGUUGAGGAACUUAUCGGAGCAGUAAACACCGCCGUGCGCACUUCCAGGUCACUUGGAGAAUCCCAUGUCUUCCAGCGAUCAGAGGCAAUCCAGGCUCUAAAGGCCAUGAACGAGAGAAAUGAAUUGAUGUUCCUUGAAGAAGACGAAACCGUAUACAGAAUCUAAAUGAAACGAGCGACUAUUGACGAGGGCUAGAGCAUUACUUAUCCACAUACCUACUUACCUACUUAUCUAUCUAUUUCUUGACCUAUAUUUCCUACAUUCUUCUCUCCCUUUGUCCCUUUCUCUACCUACCUAUGUAAUGCAGUUUGACGAAUACGGACGGAAAUACAUUCUUUCAUUUUCCUUACACUUUCUGUGCCUGCCUGCUUGCUUGUUUUGUCAUAAAUCAUCCCUGGCGUUUUCAGGUUGCUACAAACAAUAACCAUACUAAAUACCUAGAAUAUGGAUCAAGAAGAUGAAGAUUGAGCAUGCAAGGGGUUGACUUGGUGUAC